AACAGCAGUAAACACACAGUGUCUCGCUCUCCGGCGUGAUGGAGGCGGCGAGGUGCUUGUCAGCCGGCUUGAGGCUCGCCUUUACUGCCUCCAUAAGGACACACACACGUCUUCGAGCCUCACAAUUAACGAGAACCUGCAGCACAGUCCCCAGCACCUAUGACGGGGAUCGUGACCCAGCCCCACUCUUCUUCAGUCCAAAAGUUCAAGACCUCCUCAAGCGGGUCACAGGAAGGAACUACAACAAGAUCUUCAGACGCAGAUAUGAUGAGCGUCAAUUAAAGGCACCGAAAUAUCAGUUUCUUACAGAUGAAGAGCUCAAGGAGCAAAUGGAGCAAGCACAGAGAAAGGCUGAGGAGCUGCUACAGAUGCCUCCAGUGGUUAAACUGCGUGAGCCCAUCAAUGAAGUUCUGUCAAGGGACCCAGCACUCACCGGCCUCACCAAAAGCCGAUACAUCUUCACUGACAUCAGUUUUGGGUUGUCAGACAGAAAAAGAUAUAUUGUUGUGAGGGAUUUGGAUGGAACACUACGGCAAGCAUCAUGGGAGGAGAGGGACCGCAUGAACCAGAUCUAUAACCCUCAACCUGGCCGGAAGCUGGUUUCCUACAGAGUGUUUCAGGAGGAGAAUCUUAAGAAAGUGCUGGAUCGAGAGGAGUAUGAAUUUAUCCUGGACCUGGCGUGUGCCCAGUUUGAACCUGAUGACCCUAAGUACCAGCAAGUAGCAGGUCGUGUUUAUGAGACUGUGGAGGCAAGACGUUGCUACCAGGUGUUGCAUUCCACCCGCCACUACGGCCCACUCUGCUUCUACCUCACAUGGAACAGGAAGAUUGACAAUUUGCUCACCACCCUCAUCCAGGAAGAAAUGCUGUCAGAAGCUGCAGACAUUGUACAUCUCUUUCAUCUCAUUCAUCCUGAUUCUAAGUCUGCAGGACAACCUGUGGGCUCCAGUCAACCCCUAGAGAUCAUUAAGGCCUACAUGGAACAAGACUCCCUUCAGCGGGCCAAACUGCAACUAGCUAUCCAGGCAUACCAGGAGAUUGUACAGCAGCGACAACAGUACCAGGAGGAAGUCAAGUCUGCCCACGGGGCAUAACCUACAUAUAGUGAAGAACCAAACGGGAAUGUGCUACUGAUAUCCAUCAAGCAGAGGCUAAGGUACAACCACAUAACCACUGGAUCAGGACUCGGGGCUCUACUGCUGCAUUACCCAAACCCUCACGGCAAGAUCAAAUGGUGCCACAUGGAUCCAAUGACAUGACCUCCUCAACAUUACUAUAAAUUGCAUCUUAGUAAUACCUGUAUUCUUCUGUACUUGAAGGCCUCUUGUUCCAGUGCCAUGGUCUUCUCCGCCACCACCUGCUGUGCCUCCUUCAUCUGUGCAUGGUAUUUUUCUGUGGAAGGAGGCAGAGGGUGACAGCAUAAAUAUUACUGUAUCAUCACUGGCAUUCCAUUACCUAAACUGGGAUGAAAAUAUGAAGAAAAAAAAAGUUACAUUUAUCAUCAUCAUAGCAACCCAGUUUCCCGUUCGGGUCAAAAAGCAUCAUGACUAUUCUAGAGUGAAAGUUGAUUGGGGCCUUAAUCUGUAAUCUCAACCUGUAAUAUAGGAGUUCUGCUAAUUUCAUUCUACUUAUCAUAAACGGUGAAAGACAGAA